AGCAGACCCUGGGCAGGCAGAAUGCAACUGCGUGGUGACACGGAACGACGGACCUAGUUCGCUAAAUUUGGACACACGUGCAAUUUCUGAACACGUGUGGGUCGAGCGACCACGUGGGCUGCGUGUACCGAGAAACAAGUGCCGCACAUCAUCCGGUGAGUGCAUUCAGAAAAACUGUGAUAUAUUUCUACUAUCAAGACAAAAUGGUUCGUAGAGAAUGAAACACCAUUUUUACUGAACGAGAAAUAAUCCAGGGGAAUCAUUGCCAAUCAUCGAAUGAACGAAUAAACUCGCUCCAAAAGCGGUAACCUUUAAGGAUGAUAUUUUCAGAAAAAUAAACGAUCACGAGGGUGCACGUAACUAGUGUUUCUUCCAGAAAGUUCAUUUUAAUGUAUAAAGCAUAUACUUAUUCGAAAUGUGUAACGAUACAUAUCCAUGUAUUAGAUAAAAAAAUGUGAUAUAGUUUAUAGUAUUUCAUCAAUUUAUAGAAAAUACUUGUAAGUAAUUUAAACAGGGACAUGUAUUGUUAACGCAAUGACGAGAGCUGUAUUGUAAAAAGACUGAUAGCAUAAGAAAAUACAAGCAGGAAUUCUUAUCAGUUAAAAUAAUAGAGGUAUAGAGUUAUGGCCCAAGAAGAACCAUUAUUGAAGAAGCUUAAGCAUUCCGUUAUCUCGGAUCAUGUCUAUUCGUCCAACUUUCAACAACUUUUUUAUGAACAUUGGCAUAAUUUUAGUGACAUAAAAAAGGACAAUCUAGAGGUUAUAUCAAACCCCUAUAGAAUAUGCAAAAUUUCAAAUUUUUUAUGUAACGAAGAUUUCAUGGAUGAAAUAAAGAAUGAAUUGUUGGAUGUCAAAAGUAGAAGAAAUAGUAUAGACCUUUAUCAAUUUGAACAGACCAGUGACCUUGCCAAUAUUGACACUAAAAAUUUAAAGCUCUUAUAUGAAACUUUUCAAACUGACCUUGCAAUGUGGAUGGAACGAAACACUAAGAUAGAACUCAAUAAAAAAAUAUCUAUGUCUAGUGCUUGUUAUUCGGAUACAGACUAUUUGCUUUGUCACGAUGAUAAUAUGGGUGAUCGCAGAAUUGCUUUUAUAUUGUAUCUUUCGAAAAACUGGACUGCAGAAGAUGGAGGAGCUCUAGAUCUAUUUGACACAGACAAAAAUGGAUUGCCUAGAAAUGUUAUAAAAUCAUUAAUACCAGAAUACAACUCUCUUGUAUUUUUUGAAGUUGUGGAUAAUUCUUAUCAUCAAGUAGCUGAAAUAACUUCACCAGAUAAAUCUCGUUGGUCAAUUAAUGGUUGGUUUCAUGGACCUGUUAGACAAAAUACCAGGCCUGCGAGACCAGGCAUAGAACCAAAUUAUAUAAAACCAGUGAACACACAGGUAGAUUUGAACAAUUGGAUAACAAAGUGUUACCUUUUCGCUGAUAUUGUUAAAGAAAUUCAGCAAGAUGUAGAACAAGAAUCAUUUGCAUUUUUGUCUAAUUUUUUGAGAGAAGAUAUCUAUGAGAAAUUAGCUACAGAUUUAUCGUCAGCUUCCAUUGUUUGGCAAAAAGUUGGCCCAGCGGAUAUUCGUAAUUAUGAAGUGGCAAAAGAGGAGACCCUGCCUGAAUUAUUAAAGGAGUUUUACAACGUGUUCAAGUCCAUUUCUAUGUUUCAACUGUUAAAGGACUACACGGAAUUAGACCUUGUACCAGAAAAAGAAACUAUGAAUCCAAAAAUGAUUAUUGAACUGCAGAGGUGGUCAAAAGGUUGCUACACAUUAAUAUCUGACAAAUCGGCUCUUCCCACGAGCGAAAAAAAAUCCAGUAGCAACGGAUGCAUAAGUCAAAACGAAGAGGGACAGGAGGACUCGUUGGAUACGCCAAGAGCGAGUAAAAGCAAUAAAGAUUAUCAAGAAAAAAUCAAUACCGAUAAUAAGAGUGUGGGAUCAGGCUGUGAUACUCCAAUAAGUAACAAGGAAGACGAGGACAUCGACGAGGAUGAGACACUGAAAAAGAUAUUGAAAGGAAAAUCCCCGCGAUCGAAGAAAAAAAAUUUAUCUCAACAGUCAUCCUCGUCGAAACUAGAAAACUUUUCACCGCAAAAAUUAGGUAGGUUUUUAGAUACCGAUGAUUCGGAUGUGUCGGACAUCGGGGACUACUUGUCGGACCCUUUAGACUGUUCUCUCGAAUGUUCCGAUCAGGAAGAGGAAAUGGACUAUACGAAUGUGUCUGAGCAAGGUGCUCUUGAUGUAAUAAUUCAGUUUCAUACGAAUCAUGUCCCUGAAGAAGACACUAUAGAUUACGUAGACCCUAAAGAGCAAGAGGGUGCCCUGAUUCACGUACCUGCCAAAAACAAUCACCUCUGUCUAGUUUACAAGACGUUGGGUACUUGCCGACUUCAGAAAUAUGUGAAUCAUUACUGUACAGAUUACUUUUACAAUUUGAUUUGUACAUAUUACGAAUAGUAAUUCCAGUCGCUGGAGGUCGUCUAGAAUGUGGCGCCAUUCGCGAAUAAAUUGGAAAUUUGUAUAAUGAA